AUGGAGACGCUUCUUGUUGUUGCUCAUCACAGAAAUCAGUGCUAUGGCAGGGUCAAGCCCCACCGUUCUGGCCGCUUUGGGUCUUCCCCAUCUAGUAGGAACUUUAGAGGGAUAAAUUGCCGGACUUUUGAAUCUGGACCUGGCAUACUCCCCAACCCCUUUAGCUCUUCCUGUAAAACCAACCCAUCCAUCUCUUGUUCCUCCAUUUCCCCCUGUUCUUCUCCCAAAACGCCUUCAAGUUCCAUCAAUGCCCAGUGGAAUGCGCAUUCUGGGGACAAAUCCCGCCACAAGACUGCCCCUGUGAGCUCCCCUAUUCCUAUCAGUGUGAAAGGGCCCAGAAAAUUUUCCACUUUUAAUGAUGGCAUUUUUAACUCAGACGAGGACUCUGCUUUCUCUGAGCUAUGGGCUGGUCCUGCUUAUUCGAAUUCGCCACCACCCAGUUCACUCCCCAUCCCUAAGUUCUCAAUGAAGCCUAAACGAACCGUGUCACUGGACUUGCCACUUCCCGAUUCAAAAUUUGAGCUGCCUCCAAUUGCCAAGUCUGCUCCUGCUUCUCCUUCAAGGAAGCAUGACUCGCCCACCAGAGACAUGUUCUGCACUACUGACUCUGCGACCAAGACCCUUCGUCGCAUUCUUAACCUUGAUCUGGGUGAUGAUUGA